AUGGUGGUUGGAAAUUCGCCUUCAAUGCAAUGCAGCUGGUGGCCUUUCAUUGCCAAGCCAUCUGGUAGCUUCGCGUGGACGCCGGGCGUUCAGGGGUCAGCAUCGCUCACUGUUCUAAAGACAUCUCCAGCCAAUAAUGGCAACACGCCCUUGAUGCCGCUCGUACUCCUCACGAACGGCCCCAGAACAUCGCGGUAG